UUUUCUAAAAUAAAUUAGGUUUUGGAAGGACCUUAGGAUUUACGUCUACUUCAAAGACUUAUUUUGGACUUCUCUGUCUAGCCUGGAAUUUCAGUAUGGCCACAACACCGUAUUCAGGAGAGACUUGGAAAAAUCUUAGUUCUGAGGUUAAAGCAUGCAAUUCCCAUCUUUCUUAUUCUCCUGAAACCACAGCUGCAUUUGCCACCUCAAUGACGCUGAUCAUGCUCUUCACCAUCUUCGGGAACAUCCUGGUGAUCAUCGCAGUCCUGACGUGUCACUCUUUACGAGGACCUCAGAACCUUUUCCUGGUGUCCUUGGCUGCAGCGGACAUCCUGGUGGCCACAUUGAUCAUCCCGUUCUCCUUGGCCAAUGAGCUGAUAGGCUACUGGUACUUUGAGUCACUUUGGUGUGAGAUCUUCUUAGCACUGGAUGUGCUCUUCUGCACGUCUUCCAUUAUACACCUGUGUGCCAUCAGCCUGGACCGCUAUCUGUCCAUCUCCUGGCCGGUGCAAUACCCGACCCAACGCACCCCUCGCAAGAUUAAGGGGGCUAUAUUGGUGGUGUGGCUCAUCUCUGCGGUCAUCUCUUUCCCCCCGCUGGUAUCCAUGAAUAAGAACCCGCAGGUAUCCAACAAUAAGACCCCUCUGGAUAAGGAUGGUGGCGGCCCACAGUGCAAACUCAACGAGGACCCCUGGUACAUCCUGUACUCCUCCAUUGGGUCGUUCUUCGCCCCGUGCCUCAUCAUGAUCUUGGUGUAUGUUCGCAUCUAUCAGAUUGCCAAGAAGCACACUAGAUGUCCUCCAGGAGAGCUGAGGAAAGACUCUGCAGGUGGUGUGCCACCUGGCCGAGAGCUGCAGAACGGGAAAAACCAGGGAGGUGUUGACCCUGUGAAUGUCCCUAAUAUGACUGGAUCCAGAUCUGAUGCUGUAAACCAGUCUCAACCACCAGCAGAAAGUCGGCAGCUGAUGAAACACUCAAGGGGGUGCAAGUACAACGAGGACAGUUCAACCUCCAGUGUGGGGACUCUGGAGCCUGGCCACCAGACAUCCACACAAACCCAAAUGUACCAAAAAGUCAUCAUAAAGUCAAAGGGCAGCCAGAAACCAGCAGAAACUCAGAAGACCAAAAGGAAAGCCAUCAUCAUCCGUGAGAAGCGCUUCACAUUCGUCCUGGCUGUCGUCAUUGGGGUUUUCGUUGUCUGCUGGUUCCCGUUCUUCUUCAGCUACAGCUUGAAAGCCAUUUGUCCAGAGGCUUGUAAACUACCAGAGCCACUUUUUAAGUUCUUCUUCUGGAUUGGCUACUGCAACAGUGCCCUGAACCCACUCAUCUACACCAUCUUUAACAGGGACUUUCGUAAAGCCUUCAAAAAGAUUCUUUGUAAAAACUAUAAGGACUCUUCUUUAUGAACAGACAACAUUGGGGGAAAAAGGGUUUUAUAGGCCAACAGUAAAUUGCCAUUUGAUUUCU